AUGGCGAGCUGUUGCUCAUCAAACCUCCAGAUGUCUGCUUUCGGUGUCAUGCAAGUGUAUUAUGUCCAGACCUUCCUUUCGCAUUCCUCCGUAUCCGCUAUUAGCUGGAUCGGGAGUAUUCAGACACUUCUUGAUCUGACUCUCGGUGCAUUCCUCGGACCAUUCCUGGAUCGCGGAUACCUGAGGCAUGUCGUGAUUGGCGGGUCGACGUUAUUCGUGAUCUGGUACCCAGAGAAGUAUUAUCAGGUUCUCUUGUCCCAGGGAAUUGGGAUGGGCUUAGGAAUAGGCUCCAUUUUUCUACCCACAUCUGUCCUCAUUUCCCAGCAUUUCAAGCGCAGGAAAGCACUCGCAAUGGGCAUUGUACCAGCCGGCGGCUCUCUGGGCGCAGUUGUCUUCUCCAUCGCUCUGAACUACCUAUUCAACGGGUCUCUGGGAUUUGGCUGGUCCAUUCGCGUGACUGCAUUUGUAUGCCUCAGUCUGCUAUUGGUCGGCAAUCUCCUGCUCUUCGACCCGCACUCCGCCAGGGAUGACCCGACCGCUCAAGAUGUGCAAGCGAAGCCGGCCUAUACCAACGGCGCCUCGAGUGAGGGUGCAAACGAGAAGGACCUGGACGCAAGCGCUGAGCCCGCCGAGCACGACAAGGAUACUUCUCCCCCCCUCUUGGACAGCAAGUACGUGUGCAUCCUCGUCCAGGGCUUCUUGACAGGCCUCGGGCUCUGGUUCCCCUCUUCCUAUGUGCAGCUCUUCGCGGAGCAGAAGGGUGUGGACCAGCAGCUGUCCUUCUACAGCAUCGCCAUCUUGAACGUGGCGAACGCGCUCGGCCGCAUCCUCCCGAACUGGCUCGGCGACCGGUGGGGUGCCCUGGAGGUGUACGUCCCGUGCCUCGUGCUCAACUCCGGCUUGCAAUUUGCCCUCCUCGGAUGCUCGACGUCAUACGGGCUGGUGCUCUUCACGAUCUUCUACGGCUUUUUCUCAGGCGCAGCCGUAUCGCUGUACCUCCCUGCUGUAGCAUCUAUCAGCGCCGAGGACGUCAGCAUAGGGAAACGUAUGGGCAUCGCCCUGUUCCCAGUCGGCAUCGCUGGGCUGAUCGGGACGCCCAUCGGAGGCGCGCUGAUCGGUCAUGGCUACGUUUGGUGGAAGGGGAUCGUCUUCGCAGCGGUCAGUCGGCGUCUUUCCGAACCCGGGCGUUCGUGUCGGUAUUGA